AUGCAGCUAAGCCUCAAUGCAUUCAGUCUGCUUCCUUUCUGCUGGCGACUGCUGAGUGAGAGACUUCAAGUGGUCUUCAUAAAAAAAAGUUAGAGAAGCUGAAACUAUGGACAAGCCCAUUGUUUGGGCACGUGUUGUUAAGGUCCUCGGCCGCACUGGCUCCCAGGGGCAGUGCACCCAGGUCAAGGUGGAAUUUCUGGGCGAACAGAAUCGUCAAAUCAUACGCAAUGUUAAAGGACCUGUGCGCGAAGGCGAUAUUCUAACGCUGCUCGAAUCGGAGCGAGAAGCUCGGCGUUUGCGCUAGAAGAAGAAUGAAUCUAAAUCAGGAUCUGAACACAUAAAUAACUAAAAUAUUUGCUGAUUAUUUGGGACCAGCUCUUGAGCGAAUGCAAGCACACAAAAAUAUAAAACCUCAGAUGACAAAUUGUCA